GAAUGAGGAAUUCAGGUUAAGAUGACUUAGAUGAGAUGAUUGAGCUUGAGCAUCGAAAUCGUUUGAAGGUUAUGUUAUUACUUGAACGUUACUUUGUGGAUUUUAUGGUUAAUACGCAAAAUUGAUGUGAUGCUGUACAACAUUAAACAUGAUUAUACCUUUCAUGUGUCUCGCGUAAAGCUUUGAUACUCUUGCAUGGCCAAGAAGGUUCUAGAGAUUGAUUCGUUCUUUCAGAAUUGGCAAGUCCAUUUAGUAACUUGCAUUGACCUAGCCUAUAUAUAAGCGUGACCCACCAAACCUUUUCAUUGCCAACUAGUAAGGGGCAUUUCCUUGUGUGUUGAAGUUGUGUCGUCAUUCAACACAAUAGUAGUGUAAAACGCAAUAAUAUUGAAUACUUGCUUAUAUUUUUAAAAUCAGUGAAAUGGAGUUUCCUCAUUUAGGUAAACAGUGUGCAGAAUCAGCUUGUCAGAAAUUAGAUUUUCUUCCUGUAAAAUGUGAUGCAUGUGAGAAAAUAUUUUGUCACGAACACAUGAGUUAUAUGGGGCACAACUGUGCCUCUGCCUACAAGAAGGAUGUGCAGGUUCCUGUCUGUCCCCUCUGCAAUAAGCCAAUCCCAGUUCGUCGUGGAGAGCCUCCAGACAUUGCUGUGGGGGCCCACAUUGACACAGAUUGCCAGUCCGACCCAGCCAAGAACAAACGGAAGGUGUUUACCAACAAAUGUUCCAUGAAAGGCUGCAAGGGGAAGGAAAUAGUACGAGUAGUCUGUAAUGAGUGUUCUCUCAACUUCUGCCUUCGCCAUCGCCACACUGCCGACCACAAGUGUCAAGGAAGACAGGCAGCAACGCGAAAUUUAGCUGCACAAGCAGCUACGGCUCGGCUUGCAGCGCCAACCCAGACUCCCGCAGUUACCUCCGUCCAAGGAAGUCUGAGUGAAGAUGAAGCACUGGCUCGAGCAAUUCAACUGUCGAUGAUGGAAGAGAAACACACAAACAAGAGCACAACUCCCGAGGAACAGUUGGCAGCGGAUGCAGCCCUAGCUCGGGCAAUAGCAGAGAGUGAGCGUACAGCAAGACGACCCAUCACAAGCAACACUCCUAGCAAUAGCCGGUCUAACUGUGCUGUUUCAUAAAACACUAAAAGCACACAAUACUGUUAUAGGCUACAUCCUUACAGCCACUAUGACACAACAACUUGGUAUUUUUUACACUGCCAAAUAUUUAAAAACACUGUAUUUAACAAAAUAGAUACUGUACAUUAAGUUGUUUUAGGUUAUUUGUUUUAUUGGAAAUAUCUACUAGCUUUAACUUAUUUAUUUUAAUUGUAUUUCUGUGACUCCUACAAUGCUAAAGCAGCAUAAGCCAUGUGGAAGAGAAGGUUGUGAAUUAAUAUUUUCUGAACUUUAAUAUUUCUUUUAUCACUUAGUUCCUGAAUUCAUUAUUUCAUUGUAUAUUUUAAUGUGUAAAGCAUAAAACCCAGUGCAUAAAAAAGUAAAUUAAUAUCGCAUGCUUCUUGAUUUCUAUUUGAAACUCAGAAUUCUUUAACUAAAACAAAAAUUAUGAAAAUAAAUAGCUUCAAAAUGUACGUGAAGAGAAAGUAUAAAUUUUAAUGUUACUAAAUUUGUCAAUUAAUAGGGCCUCUCUGCCAAAUGUAUAUAAGUAGAACUACUGUUUUCCAUCAUGUCUUGUAUUGUCAUCAGUUUUGUAAUAUUCUAAUCAAUGUGAUUGGUUUGUACAGCAUAAGAAUACAUUGGCAAGUGUGAGAUUCGCAUGCUUUGACUGGAAAUAAAAGUUUGAAAUAAAUUUAUGUAGGCCAUAUAAAUGUAAAUUUCAAUCAAUUAUAACUAGACUACUUAUGUAGUAGUUCUGUCCUCAAUUAGCCUAGUGCAACCAUUGUAUUAAAAUACUGUUAACUUCACCAUCAAACACCAAAAUAAAUAUAUGCAUUUUUGUUAUUCAUUAAUGUCUUUGACUUCACAAGAGCAUAAACUUCAUAUUCAUAUAAGGGUGGUGUGACAACAGCCAGUUAUGUAUGUACACCAAUGCAUAGGUAGCAUGAUGUUCUAUUUUUGUUUUGUUUUGAGAUAUAUGUUAAUUUUGAAUCCUCAGUUAUUUCCUCUUGUGAUAUAUUAAAUUUAAAUCUAAUUCAAAUUUGUUUGUUGCUAGUCAAUACAAAUAAUACUAUUGUGCAUAACUACUGUUGUCGCUGCUAGAACAUUUCAAAAACAGCAACAUUAUGACGAUUGAUGAAAGAUCUUCUCAUAGAACAUAACAUAAUCAAAUUUAGUACUUUUGAACAUUAAAACUUUAAUACAAAAACUGAAAAUUGUAUAUACCGUAGCCAUUUUGUGUUAUAACAAAUCCAGCUGUGUUCUAUGUGCAGUCCUGAAACUGAAUGUAAUAAAGCUGCUCAAAGCUGCAUAACAAGGAACAUACAUUUUGCAUAAUGUCUAUUCAUUGAAUGUUUUUAGGAGCUCAAAAGAGAAAUAAUCAUUAUUCCAGUUCUUUCCUCAUACCAGUUUUUUCAACACCCAACUGAGCAUAAAGUGCCUUCGUGUUUUAUUUUUCGACAUAUAGUAGUUAUUUCAUUUAUAUAAUGAUUUUUGUAUGUUAUUUAUAUUACGAUAACAUUUUAUCUUUACUUAUUUACAAUUAUAUUAGUUAUUUUAGUUUUUAAUUAGAAAAAGGAUAAUGUGGUACAAAGAUAUUGCCUUUUACUACUAAAAUACUAUCAUAAGAAUGUAAUUAUAUAACCAAAACAUUCCUAUUUAGGUAGAACAUUUAAAUGGUGGUAUAUUUGUAAAUGUGAUUUAAUAUUAAUAAAACACAAUGUUACAGUAAUUCACUUUAUUGAAUAAGGGUUAAUGAUUUUUUAAAUUAUAAAAUCUUUGUUAAAAGUGGAGCAGUGAGAGAUUUCGAAUGCUCAUUAAUUGUGUUUUAUUUGACUGUGAUGUGUUUACUUGUUUUAUACAGUAAUUUAUUUGUUUUGUGUUGUGGCUACCUGUAUUUAUUUUAAUGAAUGUCUUUCCUAUCAAGUCAAUUAUAAUGAAAUUAUGUUCUUUGAAGGGUGCUUUAGUGUAAGAGGAUUAGUGAUAUAUAUAUAUAUAUAACGUAUUUUGAACUGUAGGAUAUUUUAAUCCACUUAAACUUACGGGUCACUUUCAACAAUGUUACCCUUCUUGUAUUUUAACAAUCACAUUUAAUUGCAAGAGCUUUAAAUUCACUUCACAUGCAUGUUUUAUUGUGUUGGGAGAUUCAAUAAAUGUCUAAGUUGUUAUA